AGGAGCGAGAGAGAAACAAAGUAGCAAGUCUGUUUCACCCAGCCCUGAGCAAACUUCCCGGGCUGGCGGGGGAGGGGAGGGAAGCCAGCAGAGCCCGGCUCGGGUCUCUUCUCUGUCCGUCGGGGGGCUGCCUCUGGAGUGGUUCGCAGUUCCCUCUCCCCCCCAGGCCAGGAGGAGCCCGGCUUGAUGCGGUGCUGCCCGGAGAGCUCGGCUGACUUUCCGUUCUUCGCUCUCCCCCUUUUUUAAAUGUAUCACUUGAUGGGUGUGAACAGCACAGCCGCAGCCACACAGCCCAAUGUCUCCUGCACAUGCAACUGCAAAAGGUCUUUGUUCCAGACUAUGGAGAUCACGGAGCUGGAGUUUGUACAGAUAAUCAUAAUCGUGGUGGUGAUGAUGGUGAUGGUGGUCGUUAUCACAUGUCUGCUGAACCACUACAAACUCUCUGCACGAUCCUUCAUCAACCGGCACAGUCAAGGGAGAAGGAGAGAUGAGAAUCUAUCUUCAGAAGGAAGUCUGUGGCCUUCAGAAAGCACAGUGUCAGGAAAUGGAGUAACAGAGCAGCAAAUCUAUACUCCAAGACCCACAGACAGACUAUCAGUUCCAUCGUUUUUGCAGAGAGACCGUUUUAAUAGAUUCCAACCAACAUACCCCUACAUGCAACAUGAGAUUGACCUCCCACCCACUAUCUCCCUGUCAGAUGGAGAGGAGCCGCCUCCUUACCAGGGACCCUGCACACUACAACUCCGAGAUCCAGAGCAGCAAAUGGAACUAAACAGAGAAUCGGUCCGGGCCCCUCCCAAUAGAACCAUCUUCGAUAGUGACUUGAUAGAUAACUCAGUGUUCGGAGGGCCUUGCCCACCCAGCAGUAACUCUGGCAUCAGCGCAACCUGCUAUGGAAGCAACGGCAGAAUGGAAGGACCGCCGCCGACCUACAGUGAGGUGAUAGGUCACUAUCCAGGAUCUACGUUUUUCCAGCACCAGCAGAACAACAAUGGCAUGUCCUCGAUACUGGAGGGCAGCAGACUCCACCAUUCGCAAAUCAAUGGCCUUGAGAGCACAACCGCGUGGAACAAAGAGAAAGAGAAACAAAAAGGGCACCCCUUUUAAAAACGAAAAACAUCAAACACGAAAGUAAGAACACUCUGCACUUCUCAUUAAAAGAAAAAAAGAGAGAGUUGGGGAAGACGAGCAAAAAAUAAGAAGCCCUUUCCCACCACUCUGUGUAUUAUAUUUACUUGUUAUGUCUGGUCUGAAUGCACAAGCCAAGAAAGCUUGCAAAAACAUUUAUUGAGCUGCAUCUAGAAGUUUAAAAAGGAGAAAAAAAAAAGAAUCAACCGUAGUCCUUCAUUUUUUGUUGUUGUUGUUGUUGUUGUUUCUAGUUGAGCUGUGUGUGUGGAUGCUUUUUUUUAUUUCACUUAACUUUAAAAAAAAUAUUUGCACAAAAACGUUUUGUUUAAAGAUCUGCAAUAUAUAUAAAUAUAUAUUAAAAAAUAAGAGAAACUGUAUGUGUGAGGAGCAGGAGUAUUUUUGUAUUAGAAGAGGCCUAGUUAAAAAAAAUUUUUGUUGUUUUCUGAACUAGGAGAAAAAAAUGGCAAUUUUUUGAGUGCCAACUCAAAAAGUAUGUAUUACAUUGUAAAAAAAAAAAAAGAAACAAAAACAAAAAACAAAACAGAAAAAAACAGAAAAAAUCAAAAGCAGGGGUUUAGAGUUAUUUAUAUAAAUGUUGAAAUUUUGCACUAUUUUUUAAUAUAAAUAUGUCAGUGCUUGUGUUGGUCAAAGCCUCUAUCAUGUCUACCACAAAACUGUUAAGGGAUACAUUUCAAAGUGAAGAACAAACUAGCUGGAAGGGAGUGGAAAAAUCCUAAAGUUUAAGUGACAGCCUUGGAAGGAACAUUGCAAGAGAGACUGCAUCUUAUGCAAAUCUUUAAUUUUCAUGGUCACCUGAGUGUUACCCAUACAAUACAGUCUGCUACUGGGUAGUUUAAUGAUAGUCACUGCUUUGUACAUUCCCUAUAGAACAAGAGGAGUUUGUGUGUUUGCAUAUAUGUUGCCAGUUAGGAUUAUUGGAGUUAAAAAGAAAAAAGCUCUCAAUACUUCUGUGAAUUAAAAACAACAGAAGCAAACAAAUUACCUUUUUUUUUUUUUUAAUUUUUUUGAGGGGUGGGGCAGGGGUGGGUUAUAAGCUUCAGUCUGAAGGAAAACAAUGGGUUUUUUGUUUUUUGUUUUGCUUUUCUUUAAAUAUUAAACUGAAAGCUCUGUUUUGAGAGAAAGCGGUGGUUUAUUGAGGUUAAUGUGAGUAAACGGUAACAUAACUGAAGUCUGGCUUUUUGGAUAGGUCUUUAAAUGGGACACCGAACAAGCUUUACAGUCUGUAGUUUGUUCACGUCAUUUUCAUAGAUGUUAAACUGCAAAACUUUUAUUUGGAAUAAAACAGAGUGCAGUUGUCUUGCAUAAAUAUCUGCAAUCCUUGUACACUGCCUCUGGUUAUUAGUUUUUCUUUUAUUACUCUAGAGAAAGAGGCGUAAAAAACAAUAGAUGGAAAUGAAUCUGCUCCUGUGAUGUAUUAAAUAAAGGCUAACGAAACCAUGUUUAAUGCUUUAGAAGCAAAACCCUUUACCUCUUCUAAAUAUUUCUUCAUUCAAAACAAUCACCAUCCCUUGUUCCCCAAUAUCAAGGUUCCAGCUUCUCCCUCCCCCCUUCCAAGCACCUCCUCAAAAUCAUUGGAUGUGUUUUUAAUUUAUCUUUGUUUCAUAAGCAUUUUGUCUUACUAUGCUAUUGUUUACAUUUUUUCUAUUGUGUGGAUAUCUGAUAGACGUUUUACCCUUGUGGUGAAUUUGUAUGUAACAGAGUGAAAUAUUAGAGAGAGAGAGAGAAACACAUAAGGGAAUAAUUGUGCUUGCUACCUUGUGUGCAGAUAUUAUUAGCUGAGCUACACCUCUCCAUUUGCUGGGAGAGGAUAUCUACAAAUGUGAGGAAGGGUCAGAUGGGGGAACCACAAAGAGUGAAGAUUUUACAAGGAGAUGUAACUUCUUUUUCUGCAAGAUGCUAACUAGUAGAGUAACAUAAAUGAAAGAUAUAAAGGCAAUAACUAUAAACUAUUGUUGUUAAGCAACUUUUCCUAUUACUUGAAAACAAACAAACCAUGAGAACAGUUUUGAAGUUUGACCAUUUGAACAAUAUUUAUAUAUAUAUUUUAAAGGAGAUAAUGAAUAGAUGAACUUGAAGUUUGAUCAUUACUUUGUUUUUGCUUGUGGGUUUUUUGUUUUGUUUUGUUUGGAGUUUUUUUGUUUUGUUUUGUUUUUGCCUGGUAGUAGUACCUUCGCAGAAUCACUGCCUGCUUUUCCACAGCUUCUUGAAAUCGUCGUAACUUUACAAGUCAUGUCACCUAAAUUCUGUUGACCUUCAAAACAAGAAAACAAAAACAAAAUAAAAAAAGUCAUGCAAAGGAAUAAAUCUAGUUUGUCACGAAAGGUACAAAACUGAUAAAUUUAUACAAGUUUUUAAAAUUUAUCUUUCCUUUAUGUAACAUGUCUAUUUAGUGCCUUAUUAAAGAAACAGUAACCCUCCCCUUACAGAGGGAGAAACAAAUCUUUGCUAGUGUUGUGAGUUACCAGGGUCUGGUCUUCUGACCUUUAGAUCCUUGCAUUGAAUUUUCCCAUUAUGUAUUUAAAAGGGGUACUGCUUCUUUAAAUGCUCCCUUUCACCCACUAGACCCAGUUUGAUGUGUCUAGCCAUGUAAGGUGCUCCCUUUCUGCCAUUUGUUUUCAUGGACUGUUUGUAAGGUAACUUGAAUACAUUUAUGCACAUCUCCUACUCCAGUGGGUAGGAAACUGUGGUGGAUAUUGUAAAUGAGAUACCAACCAAAAGACAAACUGAAAUAUAAUAUCUACUGCCCUCUUGAGCCAAAAUGCGUGAAUAGUAUUGUUGGGUUUUCUUUUUUUGUUUGUUUGUUUGUUUUUUCUGUAGUCUAACUAGUUUGUUUGCUACAAAAAUGGUUACCUCAGCAGGUUUUGGGUGGAGUGUGCAUCACAUCUAAAACUGUAUAGUAAAUAUGGAAGCAUUAUCCGGACUGGAGGUUGUUAAGUAACUGAACUGUCUUGUCAUUGGGAGGGGGGGAAAUUAACAUGCCCAAAACACCUGUAAAAUCAAUCAGAAAGAUAUCUGGCUCUCCUGAACACACUGUCUAACGGGGGUUGGCAGGAGAGAGUUCUGAAAU